AUGGAAAAUAGCAAAAGAAAAAUGGAUUCAAAUGCACCGCUCAAAGUCUGCCAAUACGGAAGUGAUUGCUAUCGUAUUAACCCGACUCAUUUCAAGGAAUACUCCCAUCCCCACCUUGAAAGUGUCCUAGCGAAAGCAUCUUCUAUUGCGACAGUUACGGUCCCCGAUUCGUUGAAUAUUGACAGAAGCGUGUUCGAAGAGCAGGUACGAAUCGUGGCGAACCUGUUUCCACACCUCAAGGGAGACAUAAAAAACCCUCCGAAACAAACCAAGCUGGAGCAUACCAGCGCACCGCUGGCGACGUCGUCAAAGCCACGCAUAGAUACCGUCUCUUCUGCACCCAUCGUCACGGAGAGCAAGAACCCAAUCGAAAGUCUGUUUGCUGAGAGACGGGCCAAAAUGCAAGCUUCUCGGGAGGAGUCAUCAAUGGUAAUCGAUCUGACGAAAGAUGCACCUCCUGCCACUUCCGACACCGGAAUCUCAUUGCAACGGUCGCUACCUCGUGACAUAAACGCAUACUUCCCUGUGGUAGCUCCCCGUGGCCAUAUGGCCCAGAAGUUGGCUGCCGCUGCUCCGUAUAACUUUUUCCUCACUACCAUCACCGAUUCCAAGCCAACCCACUCGGAGCCUUUAUCGGUAACGUUCCAGGAGCUGCUCGAUUCGAGUCUUGGCCAGCUCGAAUCGUCGGUGCAAAUGAACUUUAUGGUCGACAUUGGCUGGCUGCUGGCACACUACUACUUUGCUGGCUAUGAAAACGUCCCUCUACUGAUUCUGUAUGGCGAUGAAACGCCUGAACUGAAGCUGGUGUCGAAGAAAAAGCCAAACGUUACGGCAAUGAAAGUGGAACUUAAGACUCCAUUCGGAGUGCACCACACAAAGAUGGGACUGUACGGAUAUCGGGACGGUUCGUUGCGCAUCGUCAUUUCGACGGCGAAUCUCUACGAGGACGAUUGGCACAAUCGUACGCAAGGACUCUGGAUUAGCCCACGGUUGCCUGCGGUGCCCGAAAAUGCAGACACCGCAUACGGUGAAAGUGUAACCGACUUCCGGUCCAAUUUGCUCUCGUACUUGGAAGCUUACAAACUACCCCAACUACAGCAGUGGAUGGCACGGAUAAGGAAAACCGAUUUCUCGGAUGUGAAAGUUUGCUUGGUGGCAUCGGUUCCCGGAGGGCACGUCAACACCCCGAAGGGACCGCUCUGGGGACAUCCCAGGUUGGGUUAUUUGCUAACAAAACAUGCUGCCCCGGUUGACGACAGCUGCCCGCUGGUGGCGCAAAGUUCUAGCAUCGGUAGCUUGGGUCCGUCGCCAGAAUCGUGGGUGUUAGGGGAAAUCAUGGCUAGCUUCCGGAAGGACAGUGCCCCGGUCGGAAUACGGCGGAUGCCCGGUUUUCGAAUGAUUUUUCCUAGCUACUCAAACGUACGGCAGAGCCACGAUGGUCUGCUCGGUGGCGGUUGCUUGCCAUACGUUCGAAGCACCCAUGUCAAACAGGAGUGGCUCAAGGGCUACCUAUAUCAGUGGUGCUGCAGAUCGCGGCACAGGAACAAAGCUAUGCCACACAUUAAAACCUACUGUCGUUGGUCACACCGAGGGCUGUACUGGUUUCUGCUGACGUCGGCGAACUUGUCCAAGUCCGCGUGGGGUGUGUACAACAAAACGGGACGAUUUGAAAAGCCGCUGCGUAUCAAUAGCUACGAAGCGGGCGUUUUGUUUCUACCGAGGCUUCUGCUGGAUGAAAACUUUUUUCCAAUGGAAGCGGAGAAGAAACAUCCACAGUUUCCGAUGCCCUACGACGUGCCGAUCAUUCCGUAUGCGCCAGAAGAUACGCCGUUUUUCAUGGAUUAUCUAAGCCAGUGA